GAGCGGCGCCGUAGAGGUUCCCACUUUUCCGGCCCAGCUUUUCCUCUAGAAGUGUUCUACUAACUCUAUGGCAACAGGGCGGCGCCCUAGAGGUUCCCACUUUUCCGGCCCAGCUUUUCCUCUAGAGUUGUUCUACUAACUCUAUGGUUGGACCAGUGCCCACUCCCCCAAUCUAGUAAAGGGCCCCGACUCUGGCGGAGGUACGCGGCUGUGAUUGUGUCAGAAGAAUGAGCCAUAAUUCUUGAAGCAUUAUCGGAUAACUUGCGCUGUCCUUCGUGUUGACGUGUUCAUUAAAACAAGUUACUCGCCGUGCCAACGGGUUGUGGUGCAAAUAGUUGUAAAUCACAUGACUGACCAACUGCUUUCCGGACGGUUUUUGUGUACAAACCAUCCAGCGUGAGGCAUACCCCAAGGCUGGAGUCGACAGCCAAUGACCUGCUAUACAACGUUGGACCUCUGCGUUGUAGCUUGAAGUUAACUUGCACUGUGCGUGUUUGCGUUUGCAGCGUGUUGUCAUGAGUAAGCAGCUGUGAGUUGCAGAUACUGUGAUGGAUACCAGCUUACUAGGUUUCGAUUCCUUAGACACAUUUUCCAGCCACUACACCAGCAAUGGCUUCAGAGGAGCAGCUUCAGAGGCCUCUCAGACUUGCUCAAAAAAAUACAGUGAAGAGUGGUUCUCACUCUUUGAACAAGGAGAUAUCGCAAGAAGGCUGAAGGAAAAAGCACUACGUCUGGAGCUUGCAGAUUGUAGGUUCAGAAGCAUAUGUUGGAAGAUAUUCUUGGAAUGCCUGCCAGACUCCAGAAAUGAUUGGAUCAUUGCAACCAGAGCAAUGAGGCACAAGUAUGAAUCACUGUUGGCUAAGACAUGUCAUAAUCCAAGAAUGGAACUGGAAGACCUUGACUUGGCUUACAACAAUCCCCUAUCACAAGAUGAGAAAAGCCCAUGGAACCAAUACUUUGAGGACAGCGAAUUGCGAAUAAUGAUCAAGCAGGAUGUGAUAAGAACAUUUCCAGAAAUAGAAUUUUUCCAGACAUCGGAUGUCCAGGCAAUGAUGGUGAACGUUCUCUUCCACUAUGCAAGGCAGCAUCCACAGAUUUCAUACCGUCAGGGUAUGCAUGAGCUUCUUGCUCCAAUCAUCUUUGUACUGCACAAUGAUCAGCAGGCAUUUCUGCAUGCCCUGGAGCUGGACUAUAUCAGGGAGUUCCAAGAUGCACUGAGGGAUGACAUCAGGGAGCUUCUCAAUCCGGACUACACUGAGCAUGACGCCUUCUUUUUGUUUAAUCAAGUGAUGGAUGCAGUCGAAUCUUGGUACUCAUGGAAUGAGAAUUAUGUAAAGAUUGACCAGUUCAGCUUCAUGCCGUUCGCCAAGACCAGCACACUUGGUUUGCACAAUGGCCUGGGAGUGAAGCUCUGCAGGAUCAACCAGUCCAUGCUGAAGGCACAUGACUUUGCCAUCUACACACACCUGGAGAACAUGGAGAUCCCACUCCAUGUGUUUGGAAUACGUUGGCUUCGUUUGCUUUUCGGACGUGAAUUCAUCCUACCUGAACUGCUCAUACUAUGGGAUGCCAUCUUUGCUGACAGCUUGGCCUUCAACCUGGUUGAUUGCAUAUUUGUGGCCAUGCUUAUUUGUAUUAGAAAGCCAUUGCUGAACUCGGACUAUGCGAAGUGCCUGAGCUUCUUGAUGAAGUAUCCGGCAGGUCGAAAUGUCACCUACAUUCUUCAGUUGGCCCUGCACUUAAAGGACGCCAAGAAAUAUUUGAAGCCAGGUGAACAAGAAUUUGAGGUUUACAGUCCCAGCUUGGUCACAAAAAUAUCUGGGAAAAGCCUGCUGGCAGUUGAUGCCCCAAGGUCUAUUGGCAGGCCUGUAGGUCGGCCCAAUACCUUGGGGAUUCAGGCAUCGAGCUCAAGAGCCAGCAGUGAACCAACGACCUUGGAGUCCGGCUCUGAAGUUUCUGAUGAAGAGAGUGCGGCUUCAAGAGGCAAGGGGCGUGUGGCACCACUGCGAUCCCAGCCUAAGCACAACCAGGUGUGGUCAUUCCGGGGCAUCAAGAAGAACCCCAUCACCCAGAGCCUAAGCCUGUUAGCCAGCAGUGGCAGCGAGGGUGACCAGCAUGAAAAGGAGAUGGUCCAGCUGAAUUCCACUGUUGGCAUGCGCCAUGGCAGCAUAGAAGGGAGUGAGGUGCCACCGUGGCAGAGGCACAACUCUGUAGCAGAUACUCAAAAAACGCCAACUUUGGAAAUCCAGCAAUUGCGCAAGCAGGUUUUCGACAUGCAGCAGGUGAUGGAUUCAUGCUGUCGCCAGAUGAGUGAUCACCUGGCGCUGCUUCAGGAGUCGAUGCUGUCACAACAACUGCAAAGAGAAGAUGAAGUCAUGCUGGCCAUCGCUCGUCUAAAAAGGGUGCGGGACACUCUCAAAGGUGCAGUCGAGUGCAUCGAUGUAGGAAAGGAGGACGAUGAUGCUCAGGGGGAAUAUGUGACUGAAGGUUGGACUUUGUUGUCAAGUGACGAACAGCUAGAACAGCAGCAGCAGCCCAGCCUACUGGACACUGAUGGAGACUCACUCAUCUCUUGGGACAGCCAGGAGAAAGCAAAGGAAAGUGACAGCCAUCAUGCCCUGGAGGCCAAAAGGAAGCUCUUCAAGGCCCUUGUGCACAAUCAGAAGCCUGCAACUGCACUCGGGGAUGGGAUGGCAGCCUCAUCACUGAGCUGAUUUUGUUUUGAGUGGUCUGUGCCAGACAAUGUACCAUUGUGGACUUGUACAUGACGUCGAAUGAAGACAGAAAGUAGCAUAGAGCUUGCAACUGUGAUGA